AUGCAUAUUCCUUCUUUGGUUUCUGCCUCUGCUGCUCUCUCCAUUGGCACUCCAGCACGCAGCUCUCUCUACGUCGACAAUGCACCCGAUCACGUACGCCCCUAUGUCAUUGAGCGAUAUGCCAAUGCCCAAGCCGUCGCCGUCGGCCAGCAGAUCUACAGAUUCCCCGUCACUGGCGCAUCUUCAGGCGGUGCCUUUUCCAUCCUCAUGACCAACUCGCCAGCCUCUGAUGCCUUGGGCGUUCUCNCCCAUAUCCACCGCACCCACUACGAAAACUNNUUUUUUUGCAGCAAAGGACGAUUCCAGCUCUGGACGCAAAAGAAUGGUGAUGAAGAGGCUAGAGUCAUGUUGCCUGGCGACUAUGGCGCUGUACCCCAAAACACGACGCAUACCUUCCAAGUCCUUGACCCCGAUACGGAAAUGCUGGGAGUGAUUCAACCCGGUGGCUUUGAAGCUCUGUUUUUCGCCAUCGCAGACUCGAACUAUACGUCCUCGACUUCGUCUCCGUAUGUGCCUUCCUCGGGCUCUGGGGCCACUGAUGCAGGUGCCGGGUCCUCGGCCUCCAUGAUCUCGGCUCUAGAGUCUUUUGAUGUGUUUGCCCAGUUGGACUUCAACCCUCGUCGGGAUCUCGUCAAUGGAACAGCUCCGAGCAACUCAACAUGGCACACUGGCAAAAACACACCUGCCACUGACUCUCACACACCCUUUUACUUGGCCAAGAACCAAGGACCAAUGUACCUCAACUCUGAACACGGAUACCAAAUCAUCGCCCCCUUUAUCGGCUCCAUCCAAUCCUCCUCCGCCUUUGCACAAGGCACAAUAACCAUCUCCCGCCAUCUCUCCAACACCACAAUCCCCGAGAGAAAGUUUAAGCAACACAUGGCAUUCGAGAUUUUGGAAGGUGCACUGAUGGUAAACAUGCAAGGAGAAAAAGUGCAAUUGUUGCAGGGUGAUGUGGUGUUUAUCCCCAACAACACUAGCUUUUCUUACUGGUCUGAGGUGGCGUUUACCAAGUUUUUGUAUGUUGGUGCUGGGGAUAGGGGGUUGGAUAGGAGUUUGAUGGAUAAGAGUGUCGAGUGGGAGUAUCCCACUUGGCCCACUUUUGCUGUUUGA